AUGACACAAAAGAAUAAAACAACAACAACUACUACUACUACAACUAAUACAACAACAACAUCGUCAGAAAAGAAGAAGAAAAAGAAUAAGAAGAAAAAGAAGAAAACACAAUUAGGUAGUGAUGAUGAACACACAUACAACUAUGGUAAUGUUAUUGAUACAAACAAAGAAUGGAAUGAAGAAAUAUUAGGACAAUAUUUAAAGGAUGCUGGUUUUGUUAGAGGUUCAUUAGACAAUACACCAGCAAAUAACAAAGUUGCUGAAAUGACUCCAAUCUAUGUUGAUUUUACAAACAAGGUUGUGUCAAAAGCCUUGCAUAUUAGUGGUGGUAGUAAGGAUGCACAUUACAAGCUUGAGCAAUCUGGUAACGAUAUGAUUGACUAUGGAAAGGCAUUUAACCUCAUUGGAGGAUACAUUGACAUCUUUGAAUCACUCGGACCUUAUAUGCCGCCAUCCUACACCAAAAUGACUUGUUUACUCGUCGUUGCGGCGUAUGUCUUGGGACUACCAGGUUACGGAUCUUUUGUAAACAAUGUCAAACAUACUCUGGUAGAGAUGAACAAAGAGAUACCAAGAGGUAUACAUGACCUAUCUAUCAAGAUCCGUUACAAUCGAUUCUAUGGUCUGCCAGAUCAACAGAAAUUGGUUUGGGACAAGUCGAAACUGACACAAUACCUCCUCACCAACAGUAUUAGAAAAUACAGUACAACAAAGUAUCCACCAACUAAAGACAACUUUAAUCAUAUCAUCAAGAUCUGUAAAUGGGUGAUGAAUCUAAUCACCAAGAAUCUUGGGUCUGUCAUGAAACAAGGUAGAGCGUUGGAAUUACAAAGACAAUUGGAUCGUGCUACUGUAGAGGAGGCACUUCAAAUUGUCGGUCGUAUGGCAUUUCCACUUUGGAAAGCUAGAGACAAGUGGGCACUAGAUAUGCGACUAUACCUACUAUUCAUAACACUUUUGGCAUUUCAGUCGGGUGUGAUCAAUUAUAUACACACACCAUUAAUAAUCGACAGUCUUCAACCAGAGACACUCAACUCUUUGGAACAUCCAUUCUAUGACUUUGAUGUCGACAUUCCUUCAUCAUUCAUGAGAAUACAUAAUUCUCUUGAGUAA